CAGCCCCGGGGCCGCCAUGAGGCGCAGUGAGCGGCGCGGCCCCGGUGAGGGCCCCGGUAAGGCCGCGUUGGAGGAGCGGAGCCUGCAGCACAACGGGAACGGGCCUAACCCCGGUACUAUCCCCGGUUCCGGUUCCAACCCCAGCCCCGGCUCCAACCCCGGCCCUGGCUCCGGCUCUGGUCCCGGUUCCAACCGCGGCUCCGGUCCUGGUUCCGGCUCCAACCCCGGCCCUGGCUCCAGCCCCGGCUCCGGUCCCGGUUCCAGCCCCGGCUCCGGUUCCAACCCCGGCUCCGGUCCCGGUUCUAACCGCGGCUCCGGUCCCGGUUCCAGCCCCGGCUCCGGUUCCAACCCCGGCUCCGGUCCCGGUUCCAACCGCGGCUCCGGUCCCGGUUCCAGCCCCGGCUCCGGUCCCGGUUCCAGCUCCGGUUCUGGUUCCAACCCCGGCUCCGGUCCCAGCCCCGGUUCCGGUUCCAACCCCGGCUCCGGUUCCAACCCCGGCUCCGGUCCCGGUUCCAUCCCCGGCCUCCGCCGCAGCACCGAGUCCGAGGUGUUCGACGAUGGCACCAACACCUUCUUCUGGAGAGCUCACACCUUAACAGUCCUCUUCAUCCUCACCUGUGCGCUGGGCUACGUGACCCUGCUUGAAGAAACACCCCAAGAUACAGCCUACAACACCAAGAGAGGGAUCGUCGCCAGUAUCCUGGUUUUCCUGUGCUUUGGAGUGACGCAAGCUAAAGAUGGACCAUUUUCAAGGCCUCAUCCAGCUUACUGGAGGUUCUGGCUGUGUGUCAGUGUUGUCUAUGAGCUCUUCCUCAUCUUCAUCCUCUUCCAGACAGUCCAGGACGGGCGGCAGUUCAUGAAGUACAUUGACCCACAUUUAGGUGUUCCUUUGCCAGAAAGGGACUAUGGUGGCAACUGCCUCGUCUAUGACCCUGGCAAUGAAACGGAUCCAUUUCACAACAUCUGGGACAAACUGGAUGGAUUUGUCCCUGCUCACUUCUUUGGCUGGUACCUGAAGACGCUGAUGAUUCGGGACUGGUGGAUGUGUAUGAUCAUCAGUGUGAUGUUCGAGUUCCUGGAGUACAGCCUGGAACACCAGCUUCCAAACUUCAGUGAAUGCUGGUGGGAUCACUGGAUAAUGGAUGUGAUCCUGUGUAAUGGAUUAGGAAUUUACUGUGGGAUGAAGACUCUGUCUUGGCUUUCUUUGAAAACAUACAAAUGGCAAGGGCUUUGGAACAUUCCUACAUACAAGGGUAAGAUGAAGAGGAUUGUGUUCCAGUUCACCCCCUACAGCUGGGUGAAGUUCGAGUGGAAGCCAGCAUCCAGCCUGCGCCGGUGGCUGGCGGUCUGUGGCAUCAUCUUUGUGUUUUUAUUGGCAGAGCUGAACACCUUUUACUUGAAGUUUGUCCUUUGGAUGCCACCAGAACACUACUUGGUCCUGUUGCGACUUGUCUUUUUUGUCAAUGUGGGAGGUGUGGCCAUGAGGGAGAUCUACGACUUCAUGGAUGACCCGAGGUUCCACAAGAAGCUGGGCCAGCAGGCAUGGCUGGUGGCUGCCAUCACUGCCACCGAGUUCCUCAUCGUCGUCAAGUACGAUCCCUACACGCUCACCCUCUCCCUUCCCUUCUACAUCACCCAGUGCUGGAUCCUGGGGAUUAUCCUGGUGCUCACCUGGACAGCCUGGAGGUUCUUCAUUCGUGACAUCACCCUGCGGUACAAGGAGAUCAGGAGACAGAAGCAAGAGCACAAGCACGAGAAGGACAAAUGCUUGAGCAAUGGGGAUGGACACUCAGCGAUGCUGGAGGAGCAAAACGGGAGCAAACUAAGGGAGAGGAAGCUCUGAGCCAUGGACAGAGGGCUGAGAGGAACCCAUAGUGCUCAAGCUGGCCUGGUGGACAGUUCCAACCUUAUCCUACCUAACUUGUCCUUGUCAUUGUUAGCUUUCCAAGGUGUGAGAUCCUCGGGGGGAAGAGAUGUCACUUGGACAUACACAUCCUUUCUCCUCGUGUGCACCUGGUCAGAGAGGGGGAAGGUGUGUGGAUGUGGAGGGAGGUGAGGCCAGCAUCACUGCAUGAGAUGGGAUCUUCAUCCUGGUGUGUCUUACGUCUUCCUCGCAAGCCAUGGCUGGAGACAAGGGGCUUCACAAUGAAGUGCAAAGGGAACGUACUGAUCUAGCCAGUUCAACUGUGAGAUUCCAUGGGAUGUUUGGGCAUUAGGGACACUUGGAGUGUGCAGAUUCCAGGCACAGGGAAUGGGCUGGUGUUUAAUGCUGAAACUACCUUGAGUUGUGCAGUGGGAUUGUGUCAAGCAUCAUGACAUGGGCACAGCUGCAGGACCUGCUGCUGUUACAGCCCCUGCAGCACAGGGGCCAUUGCCUUUCUCUGGACUGACUUCCAGCAUCUUGGAAUAGCCUCUGU